AUGGUGUCCCGGUCGUUGCGAUCGGCAGGGCAUCGGGUAGCCAGUUUAGAUAUUCGAUUGGGGGAAGAGUGUCCUGGAAAACAAAACCCUAUGGAUCUGGCGACCCCAAGUGGCAUGGCGCUAGCUCUUGCGACGAUUCUCAAUGGGAAAUCGGAUGAGUUUCUUGCAAUUUUGGCCCCGGUCUGCAGUUCCUUUUCAGGGAUGAAUGUUGCCGUGCACAAACGGUGUGCCCUAUGGCCAGAAGGGGACACAACUAUGCCAUCUGUGCGACUAGGGAACCUUCUUUGCUCGAGGUGCUGCCUCCUACUCCUACUCAUCACGGCUAUGAAUGGUGCCUGGUUGCUGGAGCAGCCAGCCGGCUCGUACAUGCCCUGGUACCAAGAUCUGGUCGAAGCUUUCCGGCAGAUCGGCGAGGUGGGCGCCACGUAG